AUGGAAGUUGACCGAGAUGCAAAUGUUGAACAAUGGAAAAUAAAAAGACUAAUAAAAAAACUAGAAAAUGCCAAAGGAAACGGAACUAGUAUGAUUAGUUUAAUUAUAAGAAGCAAAGAUGAAGUUUCAAGAAUUAACAAAAUGUUAGCGGAUGAACUUGGAACUGCUUCUAACAUUAAAAGUAGAGUUAAUCGCCUCAGUGUGCUAUCCGCGAUUACUUCAACUCAGCAGAAGCUAAAGCUAUAUAACAAAACCCCACCUAAGGGACUAGUCGUAUAUUGUGGAACUGUUGUGACUGAAGAUGGAAAAGAAAAAAAAAUGUCAAUAGAUUUUGAACCCUUUCGACCAAUUAACACUAGUUUGUAUUUGUGUGACAAUAAAUUCCAUGUUGAAGCAUUAAAAGAAUUAUUAGAAAGUGAUGAUAAGUUUGGAUUUAUUAUAGUAGAUGGUAAUGGUGCAUUAUUUGGAACAAUACAAGGAAAUGCAAGGGAAGUUAUUAGAAGAUUUACAGUUGAUUUGCCAAAAAAACAUGGACGUGGAGGUCAAAGUGCGUUACGUUUUGCACGUUUAAGAUUAGAAAAAAGACAUAACUAUUUAAGAAAAGUUGCUGAAGUAUCUACAUCUGUAUUUAUAACAAAUGAUAAAGUUAAUGUCUUAGGUAUAGUGUUAGCAGGAAGUGCUGAUUUUAAAAAUGAUUUAUUACAUAGUGAUUUAUUUGAUCAACGAUUAUAUGCUAAAGUUAUUAAAAUUGUAGACAUAUCAUAUGGCGGCGAUAAUGGAUUUAAUCAGGCCAUAGAACUUAGUGGUGAAGCAUUACAAAAUGUUAAAUUUAUACAAGAAAAAAAAUUAAUAGGAAAAUUUUUUGAAGAAAUUGCACAAGAUACAGGUAAAGUUGUAUAUGGAAUUGAAGACACAUUAAAAGCAUUAGAAAUAGGAGCUGUUGAAUUAUUAAUUGUAUACGAAGGGUUGGAUAUUAUUCGAUUAACUACAAAAAAUAAUGUUACUAAUCAAACUAAAACAAUGCAUAUUUUCCCACAUGAUGAAAAACAAGAAUCUUUAUAUAAAGAAAAUAAUGUUGAAUUAGAAGUUGUAGAAAAAAUUUUAUUAACAGAUUGGAUUAUUAAUAAUUAUAAAAAAUAUGGUGCAUCUCUUGAUUUUGUCACAAAUAAAUCUCAAGAAGGUGCUCAAUUUCAAAAAGGGUUUGGAGGUUUUGGUGGAAUGCUUAGGUAUAAGAUCGAUUUAAAUUUAUAUGACGAAGAUGUGGAUAGUGACGUUGAAUUGUUCUGA